UUAUGGAUUUAAUAUUGAAGGAUAAUUACAAAGAAAAAGAAAUAAAGUCACUUUUGGUGAAAAAUGAGUUAAAAUGACAGUUAAGAGGUAAAAAAUGCGGAUAAAUAAAGUUAUCUAAAAGUGAAAGUAAAAAUAGAAACGUGACUAGAAAAAUAUUCUAGUCUAUUGGUUAAAGUUUGGUAAUGAAUGGAGGUGUGUAGAUAGAUGAGCUUAUACCCGCUAGUAUAAUGAAUUUAUAUAAGUGACUCAAGGGAGUCACUGUUCCCUUCUCUUUACGGACGCGAGACAGAGAGAAGGAAGGAAAGAAAAUGAAAAUGGAGAUUUUGAUUAAAAUUCUUCCAAAAUUCAUAACUUGAGCUAGAGACCUCCAAAUCACUCCGUUCCAAAGCCAAACCUGUGAGAAAUUUCGAGAGGAAUCUAUUGGUACCAGUAUUUCUGAGUGGGGUUCACUGUAGAGAGAGAUCUUCUCCCCCAAAGAAUUCGAAUUUCAUGGAAAAUAUGGGUUUUAAUGGAGCUUGAAGCCAUGGGAGCUUGAAGCAAGCUUCUCCCUUCAUUCUAGGUGUACCUAGGGACUGUGAACGUUUGGAUUCUCGUGGAGUAUGAUAAGUAGCUUGUUCUUCAAGUAAGCAGAUUGUAAAGCUCAAAGAGGAAGUGAGCCCAGGGUAUGGAGGGUUUUCCAUAAACCUGGAGUUUACUAGAGAUUCGUCUCUAACCCCGUUUGGGGAUAUGAUUUCAGGAACACAGUUAAUUGAAGAGCCUCAUGGGACAAGGACACUAACCGUGGCUAGAGGUACUAGUAUGAGGAUGUGGAGUUCUGGGUGGUCGGAUGCUACUAUUUGUUUUAGACGUAUUUUUGGAAAAGAUGUAUUGUUGCAUAGUGUUCAUAUUCGAUACAUGUACAUUUAUGUAUUCAGGCAUGAUGAUAUGACUAUGUAGUAUUCAGUUAUGUUAUGUAUUGGAUUGCAUGCUAUUAGAUUUGUGGCACAGAGCCAAGUUCAGCAUGCGCCCAUAGAUGGGUAUCUGAGUAUGUUUGCAUGACUGGUACUUCUGGAAAUAUAUAUUGUUUAAACUGUCUAUCAGGAACUCUUGAGUGUGGGAUUGGAAAAUCCCCAGUUGUCCGAUUUACAGAGGUUACUCUGUCCGAUUUUCGUCUCCGUAAAAUAAGAAUUAAAUUAGAAGAAGUAUGCAAUGUGAUAUGUCAUGUGAAAAAGGGAUUAAAGAAAAAGAAAAAGUUAGUUCGUAUUUUCGUAAGUUAAGUCUUCCGCUGUUUCUGUUUGUAUCAUAUGUAUGUUAAUUGAACCGGCUCGAGACGGGGAUGUUACACUUUAUGUCUCUGAGAAUUAUUUAUCUGGUAAUAUUCCUAAAACCAUAGGAGAAUGCUCAAGCUUGGAGUACCUUUAUUUGCGGGGGAAUUCCUUCAAUGGAAUCAUACCAUCCUCUUUGGCUUCACUAAAAGGUCUUCGACAUUUAGACCUAUCACGAAAUCACUUGUCUGGAUCAAUUCCUGAUGUUUUGCAGAAUAUUACUUUCUUAGAAUACUUAAAUGUAUCAUUUAACAUGUUAGAUGGAGAGGUACCAACUAAAGGUGUCUUUCAAAAUGUAAGUGAGUUAUCAGUGACUGGAAACAACAAGCUUUGUGGAGGUGUUUCAGAGCUGCAUCUACCGCCAUGCCCUGUCAAAGGAAAAAAACAUGCAAAACACCACAAUUUCAGGUUGAUAACAUCAAUAGUUAGUCCAAUUGCUUUUCUUCUUGUAUUGUCAUUCAUUCUCACUUUCUACUGGGGAAGGAAAAAAAGCAAGAAACCAUCUUCUGAUUCACCAACAAUUGACCAUUUAGCCAAGGUUUCAUACCAAAAUCUACAUCGUGGAACUGAUGGUUUUUCAAUAAGAAACUUGAUAGGAUCUGGAAGCUUUGGCUCUGUGUACAAAGGAACUAUUGAGCCAGAAGACACAAUUGUUGCUAUAAAGGUCCUAAAUCUUCAAAAGAAGGGAGCUCACAAGAGUUUCAUUGCUGAAUGCAAUGCACUCAAGAAUAUUAGGCAUCGAAAUCUGGUUAAGAUUUUAACAUGUUGUUCUAGCAUAGAUUUCAAUGGUCAAGAAUUUAAAGCUCUUGUUUUUGAGUACAUGACAAAUGGAAGCUUAGAAAGUUGGUUGCAUCCAGCGGCAGACAUUACAUAUCAGCCUAGAUCAUUGAACUUUGAGGAAAGGUUAAAUAUUAUUAAUGAUGUUGCUUCAGCAGUUCAUUAUCUUCACUACGAAUUUGAGCAAGCUGUCAUUCAUUGUGAUUUGAAGCCUGGCAAUGUUCUUCUUAAUGAUUGCAUGGUAGCUCAUGUGAGUGAUUUUGGCCUAGCAAGAUUGCUAUCAAGUGUUGGAGUCUCUCUGAUGCAAAGUAGCACAAUUGGAAUAAAUGGAACUGUUGGUUAUGCUCCUCCAGAGUAUGGAAUGGGUUCUAAGGUGUCACUUGAAGGCGAUAUGUACAGCUUUGGAAUUUUGAUUUUAGAAAUUUUAACUGGAAGGAGACCUACAGAUGAAAUGUUUAAAGAUGGUUAUACUCUCCAUAAUUAUGUUAAAAUUACAAUUUCCUAUAAUUUUGUGGAGAUUGUAGACCCAACUAUUCUCCCCAAUGAAUUAGAACAAACCACUAAUAUUGAGAACUUGGGUCUUACGCAUCCUAGUGUAGAGAAAUGUUUACUCUCUCUUUUUAGGAUUGCACUUGCUUGUUCAAUGGAAUCACCAAAAGAAAGAAUGAAUAUGGUUGACGUCAUCAAGGAACUUAAUCUGAUCAAAAGAUUAUUCCCUUAUGGGAUUUAGUGGAGGCGAGCUGCAUUACAGCCACACAACACUUGAUGGCGAGGAGUCACCUUAAUAUUGCUAUAAAUUUCUACUAGCAGAUGUUUCAUAUACUUUCGUGUUCCUGUUAUCUAUUAUCUAAAUGUUUUCCAUGUAGAAGUUUGCCAAUUUACAUUUAAAAAAAUAGAUCUUGACCAGAUGGUAAUUUUUUAAUCUUUCCAUUUGAUUCCCGGCUCCGUGGAUGCUUGUUAUU